AUGCCUCACUUUUACUCGUUAACUCUGGAGUCUCAGGGGUCUAUCCUGUCGGCAAUCCAGGGGAGUUAUAGUGCAGCAAAGGCCCACGAAAUAGUUGUGAACAGAGGCAGAAGUCUAGAGUUAUUAAGAUUAGAUGUGGAUGCAGCCCAAACUCAGAGUAUUUGCUUGAUGGAUACUUUUUCUCUGGUUAGAAGUAUAAGUAAUUUAAGAUUAAUUGGAUCUGGCAAGGAUCUUGUUGUUGCGACAAGUGAUAGUGGAAAUAUUGUAAUAUUGGAUUUUAAUAAAGAUAAAAACCAAUUUGAGAGAAUUCAUUCUGAACCAUAUGGUAAAUCAGGUUGUAGAAGAAUUGUUCCAGGUCAUUACCUUGCUGUUGACCCAAUGGGGAGAAGUAUAAUGAUAGCUGCAAUAGAACGCCAAAAGUUGGUUUAUACUUUAACACGUAAAAACAAGGAUGCAGAUGUUUUAGAUAUUUCAUCUCCUAUGGAGGCUCACAAAAGCCAUAUGGUUUGUUUUGCUUUGGUAGCAAUGGAUGUUGGAUUUGAUAACCCAAUGUUUGCAACAAUAGAACAAUCAUAUUCAACGGAAAAUGAAGAAGAAAAUAAGGAAUUACACCAAACAAAAAAGCAUUUAAUUUUUUGGGAAGUUGAUCUAGGUUUAAAUUAUGUCUCAAGAAAAUCAUCUCAAAUGAUUACAGAAAGUUCUCAUACUUUAAUUUCAGUACCUGGAGGAAAUGAUGGACCAAGUGGAGUUUUGGUUUGCGAUUAUAAAGGUAUUACAUAUUGCAAAAUGGGCCAUUCGAGUAUAUUUUGUCCAUAUCCAUUCAGAUUUGGAGAUUCUUCAGAGUAUGGGACAAUUAUUGUGGCUUCAUCUUUACAUAAACUAAAAGGUUUCUUUUUCAUACUAGUUCAAACGGAAUUAGGAGAUAUCUAUAGAGUCAAUUUAAUACAUAAUGAAGGGAUUGUCAAGGAAGUGAGGAUUUAUUAUUACGAUACCAUACCUGUAUGUAACUCAUUGCUUGUAUUAAGGUCAGGAUUUCUUUUUGCAUCACACGAAUUUGGAAAUCAUUCUAAUUAUCAAAUUAUUUCACUUGGAGAUGAUAAAAUCGAUCCCUAUACCUCAUCUUUGCCUGAUUCAAAUCAUCUAAAGAAAGUUUAUUUUAGGCCAAGAAAUUGCCAAUGCAUACGUAAAUCCGAGGAAAUACCAUCUUUAAGUCCAAUUACCGAUAUUAAAGUUAUCGAUACCAACAAUGAUGGCACACCACAAAUUGUGGUUACAUGCGGUAGAGGCCCAAGAUCUACAUUACGUAUUUGCUCCUAUGGAAAAAAUGUUGAAGAAAUUGCAGAAAAUCCAUUACCAGGUAGACCAAGAUGUAUAUGGACUUUAAAAAGUGGUAUUGACCCCUCCUUAUCAGGCUCACAAGCUGAAGCUGCUGCUCUUGAUAAUAUACAUCAUUAUAUAAUAAUUUCAUUUAUUGACCGUUCUCUUGUACUUACGAUUGGGGAACAUGUAGAAGAGACUAAUGAUACUUUAUUCACUUUAAAUGAGACUACAAUAUAUGCCGCUUCUAUGAUCUUUUAUAAUUCAUUUCUUCAAGUUUUGGAAACCCAUGUAAAGUUAAUUAUUCAAGAUAGAAUUUAUGAUUGGAGGACUCCAGAUUCAAGGAAAAUUAUAGCAGCAGAUUCUAAUGGCCGACAGGUUUCUUUGGCAUUAGAAGGAGGGUUAAUAGUAAUAUUGGAGUUAAGUGUUAAUGGUGCUUCAGGAAUAACUAAUACAGGAAUGGGAGGGCUAGUGGAGGUUUGUAGAAGAGAAAUUACUUGUGAAAUCAUUUGUAUUGGUAUACAACAGUUAUCAUAUUCGGGGCAAUUAAGAAGUGAUUAUGUUGUCAUUGGUACAUCCACAGAAAAUAUUAUAAGGCUUUAUAAAAUUGAUUCAACAGAAAAGAGGUUAAAGCAAACAUGUACUCAGAUUUUACCAAAUUCAAAUAGUAUACCAGAAAAUGUGCAAUUGUAUCAUUCUAAUAAAUAUGGCCAUUUAUUUUUAUUUGUGGGCCUCACAACUGGUGUAAUAUUAAGUUGUAAGGUGGAUGCAAGUAACGGUUCGAUUAGUGCCCCUAGAAGUAAAUAUUUGGGUAACAGGGGAGUAAAUAUAUGUAGAGUAAUGAGGGAAGAUUUCGGGGGUGAGAUGAGUUUGGUAUGUAUGUCAAGCAAACCUUGGUUGGUUAAUUCUCAAACAUCUGGGGUGAGUUUUACCCCAUUACAAUAUAGGUGCAUUGAUUCUAUAGCUCCAUUAAAUACACAUCAAGUUAAUAAUGGCUAUGUUGCAGUUUCAGGAUCUACUUUAUUAAUAUUUCAAGUCACUCAAGGUUAUGGUGAAUCAUUUUCUCAAAAUUCAAUAAACUUAAGUUAUACUCCACGUAAAUUAUUAACUCUACCAUCACCACAAUUGUUUACUGGUUUGGAGAGUUUAAUGUCAUCAGGUACUUUAGAUAUCCCAAAGAAUCAAAUGAUUGCAAUAGUUGAAACAGAUCACAAUUCAUUUGAUUUUGGGACUAAGAAGGAAAUUAUUUCAGCACUACAAGAACUUUAUGAUGGUAAAUCUUUGGAAAAUGAUAUGGAUAUUAAGAUGGAGGAAGAGGAGGAGGAGGAAGACGAAGGAAAAGAAAAAGAUCAAGGAAAAAAUACUGGCCAUAUAAAAGUUAAGCAAGAUAAUGAUAAUUUGUUAAUGGAUAUUGCUCAGGAUGAGGCCCAAGAUUCUGAGAAGUCAAAAAUACAAAAAAUGUUGUCGGAAAUUGGUAUACCAGGAGAAAAUGGGGUAUUGCUUGCAGAAAGUGAAGUAGGAGGAUUUGUUGCAGGAGAAGGGAAAUGGGGUGGUUGCGUGAGAAUAAUUAAUUUGAAGUCAAUGGAAACAAUACAGUUAAUACCACUUGAUACAAACGAGGGAUGUAUUUCGGCUUGUGUUUGUAAAUUUGAUGAAUUAGAAUUACCAUGUAUAGUUCUUGCAACAGUUUAUGGAAUGAAACUUAAUAAAGGAUAUAACAAUUCCAUAAAUAUGGAUUUGAAAAAGAGUAAUGAUAAAGAAAUUCAUGAAUCUUUUGGAGCAGCCAUAAAGAUAUUCAAGUAUGAUUCAAAUUAUAAUUUUGAGUUAGUACAUGUAACUCCUAUUGAAAAUGCAGCAACAGCAAUAACUGGUUGGAGAGGAAGAUUAUUAGUAGGUAUAAAUAAGACCUUGAGGGUUUAUUCACUUGGAAAAAAAAGGCUUCUUAGAAAGUCAGAAUAUAGAAAUAUUCCACAAGGAUUAACUUGGAUUAAGGUAGUUAAUGAUCGUAUUUUUGCUGGUGAUAUUUCAAAUGGUAUUUUAGUUUUCAAAUUUAACAAUGCAUCAAAUCAAUUUCUACUUGUAGCAAAAGAUUCAAUGCCAAGAUGGUUAACUUCAGCAUGUGAAAUAUUGGAUUAUCAUACAAUUGCAGUUAGUGAUAAGUUUGACAAUGUUAUUGUAUCGAGGGUGCCAGUUGAAGCUUCCGAUGAUUAUUCAUUCAUUACCUCAUUUACUGAUAGUACUAAUAAUCCAUCAUCAACAUUACUAAGAACACAUCAAAUUAACACAGUAGCUCAAUUUCAUGUGGGAGACAUUAUUACAUGUUUGCAAAAGUCACAAUUAACAUCAACAUCUACAGAAACAAUUAUAUAUGGUACUGUACUUGGUAGCAUUGGAUCGUUAUCUCCAAUAUUAAAUAACGAGGACUUAGAACUCCUAUCAAAGCUUGAGAUUCUAUUACGUAAACAGAAAACAUCUCUAUUGUCAAGAGAUCAUCUUAUGUUUAGGUCAUAUUAUUCUCCAGUACAUAAUGUAAUUGAUGGUGAUUUUUGUCAGACUUUCACUACUUUGGAUAAUCAAAUUCAAUCCGAAAUCGCUUCCAAGUUGGAUGUUACUGUUGAGGAAAUUUACAAGAAGCUUGAUGAUUAUAAAACUAGGCUAUUUUAA